UACUGUGUUACUGGGUAUUGUGUCAGUAUAACGCUGUCGUUGAUUGUGUGGACACUGGCCUGUUAGCUGUUGUAAAUAUAUUUAUACACAUGGCGCACGCGCAUACUGCCGUUGUGGUUUGUGUUUGCGCUCUCGUAGCUAUUGUUGUAAGCGAGCCUGCGUUGGCGCCAAACAAGAAAAUGGAAAGUAAAGAACGAAAAACUAUACAAGAAAAACCAAUUAUCAUACGAAGAGUACCGAGUGCCUAUUUUUAUCCAUUCAGUUUAUGGCCUUUACCAAAGUAUUCUGUUAGAGGGGUGAAACUUCUUGAAGCAAAUCCGGACGUAAAACGUCUAUAUGACGAUCUUCUAAGCAAUUACAAUCGGUUAAUUCGACCUGUGACUAAUGUUACUGAUAUACUGACCGUAAGACUUGGCCUAAAAUUGUCUCAGUUGAUGGAAGUCAAUCUGAAGAACCAGGUCAUGACUACAAACUUGUGGGUGGAGCAGAAAUGGUUUGAUUAUAAACUACAAUGGAAUCCGGAUGAUUAUGGUGGUGUAGAAAUGCUGUAUGUACCGUCAGAACAUAUUUGGUUACCAGAUAUUGUGCUGUAUAAUAAUUGGGAUGGAAAUUAUGAGGUGACACUGAUGACAAAAGCAACAUUGAAAUACACGGGAGAGGUGAACUGGAAACCGCCAGCUAUUUAUAAGUCGUCUUGUGAGAUAAAUGUGGAGUAUUUCCCAUUUGACGAGCAGACUUGCUUCAUGAAGUUUGGUUCAUGGACAUACAAUGGAGCUCAGGUGGACUUGAAGCAUAUGGAUCAGUCUGCCGGCAGCAGCUUGGUACAUGUGGGCAUUGAUCUCAGCGAGUUCUACUUGUCUGUUGAAUGGGAUAUCUUGGAGGUGCCGGCUACAAGGAACGAGGAGUACUAUCCCUGCUGUCCAGAACCUUUCUCUGACAUAACAUUCAAGCUGACGAUGCGCCGCAAGACGCUCUUCUACACGGUGAACCUGAUCAUACCAUGCGUGGGACUCACCUUCCUCACUGUGCUGGUGUUCUACCUGCCCUCGGACUCUGGAGAGAAGAUAUCGCUCUGCAUCUCCAUCCUGGUGUCCCUCACAGUGUUCUUCCUCGGUCUGGCCGAGAUCAUCCCGCCAACAUCCCUGGCGAUCCCUUUGCUCGGGAAGUAUCUGCUAUUCACUAUGAUCCUCGUGUCCCUCAGCGUGUGGGUCACUGUGUGCAUUGUUAACGUGCAUUUCAGGUCGCCAUCGACGCAUACAAUGUCGCCGUGGAUGAAGAAGGUGUUCCUGCAGUUCAUGCCAAAGCUCCUCAUGAUGAGGCGGACCAAGUACUCGCUGCCGGAUUACGAUGAUACGUUCGUAUCUAACGGAUACACCAAUGAAUUGGAUAUGAGUAGGGACAGUCUGACGGACGCGUUUUCCAACGGCAAGGGCGAUGAUGGUGACUACCGGAAGUCUCCUGGACCUGAAGACGAUAUGCUCGGAGCUGGAGCGCAGCAGCGACCUUCAGUUACGGAAUCUGAGAACAUGUUGCCCCGCCACCUCUCGCCCGAAGUGGCGGCCGCGUUGCAGAGCGUCCGCUUCAUAGCUCAGCACAUUAAGGACGCGGACAAGGAUAAUGAGGUGGUCGAGGACUGGAAAUUCAUGUCAAUGGUUCUGGACAGGUUUUUCCUAUGGUUGUUUACGAUCGCGUGUUUUGUCGGUACAUUUGGUAUUAUAUUCCAGUCACCUUCUCUGUACGACACUCGCGUUCCUGUCGAUCAGGAAUUGUCUUCUAUACCGAUGCGAAAGAAUAACUUCUAUUAUCCUAAAGAUAUUGAAACUAUUGGUAUUGUGUAAAAGGUUUAUAAGGAACUGUGGGUGGCUUAAUUAUUACAGACAGUAUUUAUGAUUUUCCAAUGGGUAAUUUUGCAUUUUUUGCAAUUAAACAAUAUGUAUUUCCGUAUACUGUAUUUCAUAUGUUAUCGCACCACAUCGCAUUCGCAUUUUAAACUAACUUUAGUUUUCUUUUAAAUUAGUUUAAGAUGCGAAUUAAUUUGAACUUAGUUUCCAUGAUUUCUCUUACGUGUGGAUGGAAAUUCAUUCAAUUCCAAUCCAAAAUUUAUAAGUGUGAAAACGUACAGAUAAGCGCACAAAUAGAGUUAGUUACUCUUACGUAAAAUAAGUAUGUGCAUUGCAUAAAACUUUUUGCUAUCUAUAUAAACUCUAGAUAUACUUAAAUAAAGUCUGCCCUUAUAAUUUGGCCACCUAAAUAUAUAUUUUAAUGGUAUAAAAAAAAAAAUGUAAUUAUAAGAGAAAUUAUACAUUAUUGGGAAAAUUUUGUUUAAUAGUAAAUAAGAUUAGUUAGGUAUUUAUAAGGGAAAAUUGUUUAUGGCGACCUGGCGUUCAAAUAUUGUAGAAAUUUAGUAUUAUACAACUAAAUAUAAGAAUUUUGGCAUUUAAAUCUAGCCAUACAAUCUGGUAAUGCGUACAAUGUUUUUGAUAGAUAUUUUUUAUUUUGGAAUUGCUCUAACACUAUUUAAUAAAUAUAGCCUGCGUAUUAUUUGUUCUUAAAACUUUUUCGAAUUAAUGAUUGCACUAAAUUUAUCAUCAAAGACACCUAUGGAUGUUCCACGAUGUUUACGAUUAUUAGAAAAUCAGUCACACACUAUCCUAUAUGCACUUAAAAUGAAUAAACACCUAAUAUGAUGUCAUGUAUGUGUCUAGGUUAUUUUCAUAUUGGCACAUUUUUACGAAACAUUAACGAAGAUGAGAAUAAAGUACUAAACGAUAGUGAAUACAUUAUUGGGAAAAUUUGCUUAAUAGUAAAUAAUGUUAGGAAUAAGGCAGUAUUGUUAUUGGCGACCUGGCGUUCAAAUAUUGUAGAAAGUUGUAUAAAAUAUCUGAAUAUUAGAAUUGUAACAUUUUAAUCUAGUCAUACAAUCUAAUAAUGCAUAGAAUGUUUUGUUAUAUAUGUAUAUAUAUUUUCAUCUGGAAGUAGCUCUAAGGCUAUUAAAGAAACUUAACCUAGGUAUUGUGUGUGUAGUAUAGGUUAUUUCUCAUAUCGGCACACAUUUUACUAAAUAAUAACCAAUGUAAGAAAAAAAUAAAGUAUUAGGUGAUAAGAUUUAUAACACAUAAUUGGGAAAACUUGGUUAAAGCAAAUAAAAGUUA